AUUGAUUCUCCGUGUGAUUUCGUCAAACAACGCCAUGGCCGCCGCCGUUGCCGCGCAAGUCGAAUGGCCGACAUCCGCCGAGGACUACCAGAUCAUUGAGAAAGUUGGCCAGGUAUGAGAUUGCAUGCGUAUCUUUGGAAGUGCACGACUCCUCUGUGGGAGGAAGAUGGACUGACACGAGCGAUGGAUGACAACGUGCGAUUCAACCCCGUGUCCGUCGCAACUGUGUGUAGGGCGCGUUUGCCAAGGUCAUGAAAGCGUACUGUCGGCCAAAAGAUCAGUACGUCGCGAUCAAGAUCAUGGAUCUCGAAAAGAUCACGACAAGCUUCGAAGACAUCCGGGCGGAAGUGCAGACGAUGAAAAUGACAAACCACCCCAACGUGCUCAAGUGUUAUUGCAGCUUUGUGUACAAGGACCAGUUGUGGCUUGUCAUGCAACUCAUGAACAAAGGAUCGUGCUUGCAUGCUAUGAACAUCCUCAAGAAGAAGGGGUACGGCGAAGGCAUGAAGGAGGAGCUGUGCGCGGUGAUCCUUCGAGAAACGCUGCAAGGCCUGCAGUACUUCCACGAAAACGGGCAAAUCCACCGCGACAUCAAGGCCGGGAACAUUCUUCUGGACGGCGGCGGCAACGUGUUGAUCGCCGACUUUGGCGUGUCGGGUUGGAUGAUGGAAGGCGGGGACCGUCGCAAGAAUCGCCAGACAUUUGUCGGAACGCCAUGCUGGAUGGCCCCCGAAGUGAUGGAGCAAGUGCGCGGCUACGACUACAAGGCUGACAUUUGGUCUUUUGGGAUCACGGCGCUCGAGCUAGCAAAGGGAUAUGCCCCGUACGCCCGCUAUCAACCCAUGAAGGUGCUCCUUCUGACGCUGCAAGAAGACCCCCCGAGCUUGCGGUCGUACGAAGACGAUGGCUCGGGACAUCAAUUUUCCCGUCAUUUCAAGGACAUGGUCCGACUCUGUUUGCAAAAGGACCCAGCCAAACGUCCCACGACGUCGACGCUGCUCAAACACAAUUUCUUCAAAAAGGCCGAGAGCGCGGCGUACUUGGCGGCGGAACUCACGACCAAGAUUGACGACAUUGGCGAAACAUCGAUGAACACGCAGCCGAUGCUGCCUGGGAUGGGGCCGCUGUAUGCGUCCAAGGAAAGCGAUGGCACAAAGGAAGUCAAAGUGUACGUGCCAGGGACGACCUGGGUGUUUGAGGAGCCCAAGGCCGACGAGACGCCGCAAACGGCCGCUGCCGCCGCCGACGAAAUGGAUGAGUUCGAGCGGCAGUUUGCACUUGCCAGCGGUGGGGAGUCGGUUCGCAAGCCCCUGCAGUAGGCAAAUCCAUAGCACCCAAACUAUCGGGACUUGAACAGGUGAAUCCAUGUCGUGGUGAGUCUCGUUGGUAUGC